AUGGAUAGAAAGAGCUCGGAGCAGGACCCCAAAGAUGGGGUGAACAAGUUGGACACAACCAAAAGCGAAAACACACAAAGUUCAGAGCACGAAAAGGAUGAGAAGACAUAUCCUUCUAAGAAGGUUGUUCUUCCAGCUAUGGCUGCUAUAUAUUUGGCAAUGUUUCUUGUUGCAUUGGAUCGUACUAUCAUCGGCACUGCUAUUCCUGCCAUAUCAAACCAGUUCAACAGCUUUGGAGACAUUGCUUGGUACGAGUCAGGCUUCCUCCUCCCUCUCUGUGCGCUCCAAUUAUCAUUCGGCCUGGUAUACACAUACUACUCAUCGAAGUGGGUUCUCAUAAUCCUCGUCUCAAUCUUUGAGAUCGGCUCCAUUGUUUGUGCCGCUGCCCCAAAUUCCAACGCUCUCAUCAUAGGGAGAGUUAUACAAGGCAUCGGUGGAGCAGGUAUCGGGUCCGGAGCAAUCAUCCUCAUCAGCAUGCUGGUGCCUCUGCAAGCCAGGCCUCAAUGGACUGGUGGCAUCGGUGCCGUCUUCGGACUUGCAAGCAUUCUCGGACCACUGUUGGGAGGAUACCUCACAUCGGUCUCCUGGCGCUGGUGUUUCUGGAUCAAUGUCCCUGUCGGCGCUGUAUCUCUAGGCUGCCUUGUUUACUUCACGCCAAACAGUCCUCCUGCUGUCAAGGCAGCUCCGACCUGGCGUGGAAAGCUCGAUCAACUGGAUCCUCUCGGCUUCAUCCUGAUAGCGCCGUCAGUCAUCUGCCUCCUGUUCGCCAUCGAAUGGGGUGGUUCUAAAUAUCCCUGGAACAGUGGUCGCAUCAUCGCGCUGUUCGUCGUCUUUGCCGUCCUUCUCUUGGCCUUUAUCGCCUCUCAAGCCUGGCGUGGAGACAAGGCAACCUUACCCCCAAGGAUCCUCAAACAGCGCAGCAUAAUAGCUGCAUCUGUGGCGAAUUUGGGUGUUGGAGCAGUGCUCGUCAUCUAUGCUUUCUACUUGCCGAUUUGGUUUCAGGUCAUACAGGGGAAGUCGCCGCAAAAGUCUGGCCUGUCCCUACUGCCACUGCUGCUCAGUAAUGUCUUUGCAGUGAUUGCGUGUGGUGUCGGAACGAGCUUGCUAGGGUAUUACACACCGUUUCUGAUCAUCGGGAGUGCUAUCCUCAUUGUAGGGUCAGCACUGCUUACAACGUGGUCGGUUAACAUCGGGGCCGGGAUAUGGAUCGGAUAUCAGACCCAGAUUAUGACAGGUGUUGGGCUUGGUGCCAUUCUCCAAGGACCGAAUAUUGCAGCUCAGACAGUCCUCCCAGACAGCGAUGUGUCUGUUGGACUAUCGUUCCUACAAUUCAUCACGUUCUUCGCAGGAAGUACCUUUGUCACUGUUUCUCAGACACUCCUCGAGAACGGUCUGGUCUCUGGGCUGAGAGACAUUCUUCCAGACUUGGAUCCGAGUACAAUUUCGGGUGCAGGGGCAACCGCCAUCAGAGACAUGGUGUCUCUAGAUCAGCUUCCUAUCGUGCUGCGGGUGUACAACGACUCCAUCAGGUCGAUUUGGUACUUGGGAUUGGGUUUGUCUUGCCUCGUAUUUGUGGCAUCCUGGGGCUUCGAGUGGCGAAGUGUCAAGGCAAAGAAGCAAGGCGAGGACGAGACCAAAGCUUGA